UUCUCGCAACCCCGCGGGUCUUUUUUUCGGCUCUAUAUCUCCCCUCGCCUUCUGAAGCGCCCAUUUCUGUCUCUUCUAUCAUCAAACUCUAGCCCUUGCGAUCAGCUCCAAGCGAUACCAUCCACCAUGAAGGCAUACUGGUACGAUAACAAGCCGGGCGACCAGCGCGAGCCCCACGACUCCGGUCGUCCCGUCUCCGAAUCCUACCUCGCCAACCUGGGCGUCCUCUACCGCCACUGCCCUACCAUUGACAUCGUGGAUGCCCUGGCCGCGGAGCGCGGAUACAAGAACCGCGACGAGGUGACCGUCUCGCCCCAGACCAUGGGCGACGUGUACGAGUCAAAGGUGAAGAUGUUCUUUGCCGAGCAUCUCCACGAGGACGAGGAGAUCCGGUACAUCCGCGACGGCGAGGGCUACUUCGACGUCCGCGGCCAGGAGGACGAGUGGGUGCGCAUCAGGCUGUCCAAGGAUGAUCUGAUUAUCCUUCCGGCUGGUAUUUACCAUCGUUUCACGACGGAUGACAAGAACUAUGUUAAGGCUAUGCGUCUCUUCCAGGAGGAGCCUAAGUGGACGCCCCUGAACCGUAGCGACGAGGUUGAUGACAACAAGCAUCGCAAGACGUAUCUCGGGACUCUUUCUACUCCCGCUGUUGCUGCAAACUAGUUAAUAUAUGCGAUGAUUGGCGGGUCAGUGACUAUGAACAGGUUACAAUGUUGUGCAUUGAUGCCCUCGUAUCACCUAUUUGGUUGAUUUUGUUUUUGUUUGAAUGACGGGACUGAUCCCAAUGAUUUUGUAUAUAUCAAGGCGAUGAUAUUAUGACACACUUUUCAUUUCAUACUUAAAAUGACCACCUUUGUGUUACAUAAUAAGAUUCAUUUCG